GGGUGCCAAGAUGGCGGCCAGGUAAACACGGGCUGCUUCCGCAGCUGGCGUUGGGGCAGCGGUGAGGGCUGUGCUGCGAGGCGUCUGUUUUUCUUUUUGUCUCUCUGCUCUGGAGCAGCGCUGCGCCCUUCCUGGCUCCUUUCUUGAGCGGGCUUUUCUCCCCGUCCUCCCGCUUUCGAGAUUCGGCCCUUCCCGCUCGGUGGUGCCGUGGGAGGUUUGCGGGUGCUCGUCUGCUGUCCCGGAGAGGCGUUGCUGCUGUGUUCUGCUUAAAGCUGGGAAGCUUCUGUAAACAAACCUGAUGUGAGAAAACUUUAAGGAGUAACAAAGGCGAAAAAGAAAAAAAGAAAGGCGUACUAUCUUUAAUUUGUGUACGUCAGUCCUCUUCUUAACUUGCCUCUGAAGUUAACAGGUGUGCUCGCAUGACUCCCAGUGCCUUGGCCUUGUGUGAAGAGGAAGAUGUGGAGUGGUCUGUUACCUCCAGGACUGAAUGAAAGUGAUGUUGACUUGAGCUCUGAGAAUGAAGAGGAGUCAUGUAUUUCCUGUUUGAAGGAAGAAGAUAUACAGGAAGAUGCAGAAGGAGUUCAGCUUCCUGAAUUGCAGGAGGGUGGACCUGAAAGUAAUGCCAUCACUAAAUCAGUUUUGAUAUCCGUGACAGAUGGAGAAAACACAUCUGAAACAUGCCCUGCUGGAAUUCCUUUAACUAUAUGGAAUAAGUUUUUGGAGCUUCAGAAGAAAAACCGUGAAAUGAAAGUGGAAGCAAAUCAGGGAAGCAGAGGCCGAAAAAGAAAGCGGCGCAGAAAAGAAAAACUUGAAAAGGACAAAAAAGAAGUGACUAAGAGUAGUCAGCAGUUGGCCAAUGAAGACCACUGGAAAGAACUUACACAGUACUUUGGAAUCAAUGAUAGAUUUGAAUCACCUGUGGAUAGCAGAGCUCCACAAAAGUCUGGCCUUGAACUUAGCAUAGAGAAGUCUGUGGCUGAAGGUGACAUUGAUAAAGCUGAGGAGCUGAGUGACAGAUUAGCAACUCGUGAGCUUGGUGUGAAAAUUGCCAAAGCUGCUGCUUGCCGCAACUUUGUAAAAGCCAAACAAGAAGCAGAGGCUGUCCAAGAAGCUCGAAAGAAAAAGAAGCUUGCUUGGGGGUUUGAAGCUAAGAAAAGAUGGGAAACAAAAAGCAACAUGGGAUACAUGUAGUCCGUCCUGUUUUCCUGGGGAGUCAAAUGCCCACUGUUACUUGAAGUUUUGUGGGUGACUAAAAACACACAUAAGCACACAUAAAAUCAUUCAAAGAAAGCUUGAAAUGUGAAGAAAAUCAGCUAAAACAAACGGGAAAAAAAGCAACACAGCAAAUCCUUGUUUCCUCUUAAUCCUGUGAGUUUACACUAGGUUGGUUUAUCGUUCUUCCAGUGUAGCAAAAAUGCUUUCUAAAAAUCAGUACUGUGUUAAAGACAGUGUUUCUCCAAAAUGUAAAUAUUAGUGUAAUGCAUUGCAGAAUGCAUUUGAAGUCUGGUAGAGGGUUGACUAAAGAUGGAAUAAAAUACUCAUUCCAGAUGUGUUCUCUGUGCUGUAUUGUUAUAUGGCCUUUUGUGGGUACAAGGAAAGAGAUAAGUUUUACCUUUUUUUUUUUUUCCUACUGUCCUGUAUUUAAAUAAGUACUUUAUUUUUUGUCAGCUCGAGAGUUUUGCAUGGUGUGUGGGCUGAAUAAGAAGAAACAGAAACAAAGAAGAAACAGAACCAAAAAUACUCUACUUGUUUAAAGCUAUUAUUAUUUAUGCAUUCUUGGGCUUAGUAAAUGUAAAGAGAAGUUGGCCCCAAAAGUCCAUUUUCCCUCUACUAGAAGAGUCUGAUGCUGUUCAUCAUGUCCAGGUGUCAUGUUCUUCUGAAUACUUCAAAAUUCCUUUGAUUUUUUAUUUUUAUUUUUAUUUUUUUCCUUCUGAAGAACUCAAGUUUUUAAAGUCAUUGAGUCUUUGAGGAGAUCAAGAAUGUAAAUACUUAUCUUGAAAAAGGUCUGGAUCUGUUAUGUUUUACAGUAAGCUGCACCCAAUAAACAAGGAGUUUACUUCAAGUCAAAUGUUUUCACAGAUAAAUUAGGAUUUGAAUGCUUAAAAGAAUUAUAACAAGAAUGGAUGACUGUGUUUUCUCAAAAUUGUUCUCAGUGAAAAGGACCCAUUUGAAACAAGCAAUUUCUCUCCCUGAAGCUUUUGCAUGUGUGUGCAUUCACUGCAAUGCCUGAAUUGAAUUGGUAAAAUAAACGUCAGUUAUUUUUAACCAAGAUUAAUAUGUUUCAGGCCAAAGGUAUGGUAUUAGUGUAAUGGUGAUUUACUGUGUAAGUACUUGAGGCUAAAACAACUUGCCAAUAAAUAGUAAUUUGAA